CAUCGAGCGUCCAUUGAUUUCAACAAUGGCGGAAGACUGUUUCAGCUACAUUCCCUCGACGGAGCAAUAUUUUUCCGAAUACUCAACACCGCUGAUAGUCCUAUUAGUGAUUUCCGCAGUUCUGUUAGUUCUGGUAACCGGCUUGUUCUACCAAAAUGCGAAAAUUAUUCUAGACCUCUACGCACAGCACUGCCAGUUUGAGCUUGUCAUAGCUAAUGGUAUCUAUAUGGUGGUAGUGGCAUUUUGCCUUAUCUCGCUGGCCGUUCCGUGGCUAUCGGAGAAAUUCAACCUGGCGACACUCAUAGUUUUCUCGUGGUGUAUAUUUGCACUGUACAGGUAUAUCUUAUGGACGGCCGGAGGACAUGGCGCUUUGCAACAGAUGUACGAAUCGAAUAGCGAACGGUUGGCAAGCGGUGGAAGACUGAAGCGUUUGCUGUAUAGAAUCUUUGGCAGAUACUGCGUUGUACGAUUCAGCAUAAUUCAAUUUCCAAUUGUCAGUACCAUUCAGUCUACGAUUCAGAUAAUUUUACACUUUAUUGACAUAGAUCAGUUUUAUGAUACUACGUACAUUUUCCUUCCGAUCUCGUUAACCUCGAUUCUGCUGUACCUGGUAGCGUUUUCCCUUCUCGUAAACCUCAUCGAACCAUCGUUUCCGGAUCCCAAAAUUGUGACAAAGUUCAAAUUUCUCCGGUUGGUUGUGCUGGUGAUCAAAAUUCAGGUAGCCAUCAUGGAAAUCAUCUUCCGACAGGUGCACAUCGAAUGCACUGACUUUGACGGAGAAGCGUGGUCACUAUUCAAUAUUAUCAAACAACCAGUGAUAAUGAUGCAAAUGGUUCUUCUUGCUUUUGCAACGUGGUCGCUUUAUCGAAAGGAAGACAAGAAGAAUGCUACGAGUGAAUCUUAAAAUUUAGGAAUUGCCUAGUUUUUGUCUAAACAAAUCUCAUUCAAAUAUAAAGACAGUCAUCUCUGUGUACGACACAGC